AGAUUGUUUAUAUUUUCGAUUAUUCCAUUUGAAAUCAUUUUUAUUGGUACCUACCUACUUUAAAUUCAUUAUGCCUGAUUAUGAUUCAGCAGUAUUCACUUAACAAUAUAAUCUCAUUUAUGCAUUUUAUCCGUGGAAAAGACGAACAAAAGACUGAACAUUGGUGAUCGGUUUAGCAUUAUAUGAAAAACAACAUUCCAUAUAGGAAAAUUACAAAUUUCGAUAAUUUUAUUAUGUUUACGUUGAGUGAUACGCCCCUUAAACCGCAGCCCCGUGUCUAUCUCAUCAGUCCAAGCACUCCGCUUGUUGUCGCUUCCUUGGUAAACACCAUCAGAAAUAUUAGAAUGUGAAAUAUAUUGACAUACGCCUCUGCUUAGGUAUCAUUUUACAUCGCUAAAUAAUACCAAAAUCUGUGCUGUGCGGUGACCAUGGCUUCUUCUAUCUGGAACGAAACUCUUAAUUCAGGAAGAAAAAUUGAGGAGGAGUGCUUGAGGAAUUUGACGAAUGUGCCUGAUGAUGUCCAGUUUGGCCAAUCGAAAUUUUGUCCGUCCGUCUACGAUGGAAUUAUGUGUUGGAGUAGAACGGACGCAGGAAAUCUGGCUGUGCAAUCUUGCUCUUUGAGCUUGUAUCGACCGACUUCUGAUGGACUAGCAACUUUACUAUGUGAAAAAACAGGAGAAUGGUUCAAAUUUCAAAACUACGUGGCAGCAAAUUACAGUGAAUGCGGUCCAUUCCAUCUAUAUAGCAAAAUAUCUGAAAGCGAACUGAUUUACCAUAAAUGGAUACCUAUAUUGAGAAUAUGUACUCACGUUGGCUAUGGAUUCUCCAUUUCAACCCUAUUACUUUCUCUAUUAAUUUUCUUCUAUUUGAAGAGACUCCACUGCUCUAGAAACUACUUGCACAUGCAUCUGUUUGUUUCUUCCAUUAUGAGAUGUUUGAUGUCAAUUUUGAAAGAUGCGCUUUAUUUGAAUGCUAGACAUUUGUUUAUAGAUACUUCGGUAGAGGCUCAAGGCGUACACUUUCAAAUGUCAACAUAUUGGCUUUGUAAAGCAGUUAUCAGUCUGAGGCAAUAUUUCAUUUUGACGAAUUACAUGAUGAUUUUGAUGGAAGGCAUUUAUUUGCACAAUUUGAUAUUCUUGAAACCUUUUUCUGAGAAAACCAGCGUGAAGUUAUAUGCUAUGUCCGGGUGGUUCAUCCCUCUUCUGUUUGUUAUACCUUGGGCAAUUUUGAGAAUUCAAAAUAAGAGUAUCGGUUGCUGGACUCGAGAAGACAAAACUACUUUACUGUUGGAGAUUCCUACAGGUCUAACAGUUAUAAUAAACUUCAUUCUUUUUCUGCUGAUAGUGAGAAUUCUCUGUCUGAAAUUGAACUCGAUGUUUGUUCAACAAAGAAGGGUGAAGUAUAGGAAAUUGGUCAAAGCAACCCUUAUUCUCCUUCCUCUUUUUGGUGUUCCUUAUACAAUUUCAAUCGUUCUGUACUUUUAUGUUUCUGAAGAUGUCACUUUGGAACUCAUCUGGCUCUUUUUCGACCAGAGCUUCUCGGCUUUUCAGGGAUUCCUAGCAGCUUUAUUCUACUGCUUGUUGAAUGGUGACGUCCAAACGGAAAUUAAAAGGAGAUAUUAUUCAGUCAGGGAGAGGAGCCAAAUCAGGAGAUGCAGGACAAUUUCCCAUACUUUACAAUCUUAUCUUCCCAACGGAGAGGAAAUGACUGAAAUGAGAAAAUUUUCCGGGGAAAAUGGAAAAUUUGAAACGUACUUUUGAUGUGAUUUUUUUGUGGAAUUUCUACUGUUAACAAUAAAUACUUGACGUUCA